AGGCGCCGCCGAGGAGGCGCCGCCGGCCCCGGCGCUGCGUCUGGAGCUGCGGGGAGCGAGCCAUGCCCGGCGCACGGCCGUAGCCGCCUGGGCUCUCGAGGACCAUGCGGGCCCCGGGCCGGGCGCCGCCGCUCCGGCUCCUGUUGGCUCUGACUGCACUGCGAUGCUCAGGAGCCGGGCGCACAUCUUGGCGCCGCGAGGAACCCGGAGUCGUCACGAGCAGCGCUCAUGUGCAUUGGCGAGCUCGGCGCUCCAGAUCUUGCAAAACGGGGAUCCAGCAUUUGGGGAGCAGUGACGGAGAGCCGAGGUGGGGAUAGCGUGCAGAGGUUCUCCUCGCUGCCUGCGUACCUGCCUGCUGAUCUCCACGUCAUGGACGUGGACGAGGCCUUCUUCCUGAAAGAAGCCAACCAGGACCUCAUGCGCAACUCCAGCCUGCAGGCGCGGACCGAGGCCCUCUUCAUCUACCGAGCCCGGGCUCCCCCGACCGUCAACGCCAGCUACGGCCCGUUUUGGGCGGAGAAAGUGGUCCCCGCCGAGCUCCUGGUGACAUCCACGCCGUUCGGGAGCCUGGAGAAAUUUCCCUUCAACUGGAAGCUGAAGUCUCACAUCCUGGACAGCUCUAUCUACUCCAACAGGCCCAAGGUGCAGACCCUGUUCUACGUCAGCGGCAUGGGCUGGGAUGACGGCGACCCCGGGGAGCAGCUCCCCUGCGUCAAGAUGUUCGCCUUCCCGGAGGCCAGGGAGGUGGCGGCCAGCUGCCGGCUGCAGGGUGCCCCAGGCCUGUGCGUGGCCGAGCUGGAGCUGCUGCCCGAGUGGUUCAGCUCGGGGCUGGACCUGGAGCCGGAGGAGGAGAUCCCGGCCCAGCUGGGGGGCACGGCCAUGGAGCUGUUCUUUUCCCUCUACCCUGCCGACGAGGCCGGCGGAUGCCCGCUGGAGGACCAGGGCAAGUGGGAGAACAAUAUCCACUCGGGCCACGAGGGGCCCCCGCUUGCAUCCCCGGCUCGUGAGCGCAUCGGCAGCGUGGUGGUCUACCCCACGCAGGAUGACCUGCGCUGGUCCCUGCUGAGCCUGGACGACAACCUCGCCCUCUCCGUCCCCCUGAACCUCAUCCGAGAGGGGGACGCGGCCACUUUCCUGGUCUCCCUCUCCAGCAGCUCCACGGCAGACCAGUUCACUCUUCGAAUCAAGGCCGCGGCUGGCGUGAAGAUAACGGCCGUGAGGGUCAGCAGCGAGGACCAGUGGGCGGUGCAGGAGGAGAUCGACCACAGCGACACGCAGACGACGGCCGCCCUGGCCUGCGUGGGCCACCACCCCGACACCCAGAGCAGACCCAACGGCUCCUUCUAUGAGAUCUUGCAAGUGGACUUCGGGAUCGACAACAGCAGUGAGCUGGCUGGGGCCCAGCAGAUCACCUGGCAGGUAGAGUACCCCGUCGAGGACUCGAUGAGCGAGCUGGUGGUCUCCGAGAUCUUCGUCAGCCAGACGACCUUCGUGGGCAUCGUCCCUCUCGCCAUGGACACGGAGGUUCUGAACACCGCCAUCCUCACCGGGAAGCCCGUGUCCGUCCCUGUCAAGGUCGUCGGGGUCCAAGAGGACGGCUCCGUGGUGCACGUGUCGGGGUCCGUGGAGUGCAGGUCGGCGGACGAGGACGUCGUGAAGGUCUCUGACAGCUGCGACUCCAUUUUUGUGAAUGGGAAGGAGAUGAAGAGCAGAGUGGGCACCAUCGUGAACUUCACGCACCAGCACUUCACCUCCCAGGUGGAGGUCACCGUGUGGGUGCCCCGGCUGCCCCUGCAGAUCGAAAUCUCGGACACGGAGCUGAGUCAGAUCAAGGGCUGGAGGAUCCCCGUGGCCGCCAACAGAAGGCCGACCCGGGAGAGCGAGGACGAGGACGACGAGGAGAGGAAGGGCCGGGGCUGCUCCCUGCAGUACCAGCAUGCCCUGGUGCGUGUCCUCACCCAGUUUGUGGCGGAGGCACCCGACGUGGGCCAGCUCACCUUCAUGCUGGGCCCCGACUGGCAGUUCGACAUCACCGACCUGGUCACUGAGUUCAUGAAGGUGGAGGAGCCGAAGAUCGCGGAGCUGCAGGAUGGAAGGACACUGGCCGGACGGGAGCCGGGAAUCACCACCGUGCAGGUCCUCUCGCCGCUCUCAGACUCCAUCCUGGCUGAGAAGACAGUGAUCGUCCUGGAUGACCGGGUCACCAUUGCUGAGUUGGGCGUGCAGCUGGUGGCUGGCUUGUCUCUUUCCCUGCAGCCUCACAGAGCAGACAAGAGGGCCAUCGUCUCCACAGUGGCUGCCCAGGAUGUCCUCCAAGCCCCACAGCAGGAAGCUAUAGUCAGUUCUUGGCUUUUGUUCAGUGAUGGUGCGGUGACGCCGUUAGACAUUUAUGACCCCAAGGAUUUCUCUGUCACCGUGUCAUCGUUGGAUGAAAUGGUGGUGUCCGUCCAGCCAAACCUUCAGUCCCGGUGGCCCAUUGUGGCUGCAGAGGGGGAAGGACAAGGGCCCCUGAUUAAGUUGGAAAUGAUGAUCAGCGAACCUUGUCAGAAGACCAAGAGGAAAAGCGUGCUCGCUGUAGGAAAAGGAAGCGUCCGGGUCAAGUUUGAACCGAGCAUCGAUGGGCACCAAGGAGGCAGCAACGACAUUGUAGGCAUGAACCGGGAGUACAGAGACCACCUCAGCAACUCCAUAGAGCGGGAAGGCAACCAGGAGCGGGCUGUGCAGGAGUGGUUCCAGCACGGUGCCUCCAUUGGCCAGGAGGAAAGGACAAACAGAAGUCCAACCCCGCAGGCACCUGUGGGAGGAAAGGACGAGAGGGUGCUCAAAAGUGCCGGUGCCGAUGCCUUCACGAGCUUCCCCACUCAAGGGAGGUCGCCGGAAGCCAGUAACCCUGGCGACCUCGCAGUGAGCGCCAGGGGCCUCACGGACCUGGAGAUCGGCAUGUAUGCCCUACUCUGUGUCUUCUGCCUGGCCAUCCUGGUCUUCCUCAUCAACUGUGUGGCGUUCGCAUGGAAAUACAGACACAAAAGGUUUGCGGUGAGCGAGCAAGGCAACAUCCCCCACUCGCAUGACUGGGUCUGGCUGGGGAAUGAGGUGGAGCUCCUGGAGAACCCAGUGGAUGUGACACUGCCCUCCGAAGAGUGCACCACCGUGAUGGACAGGGGGCUGCAGUUUGAAGAGAGGAACUUCCUGUUGAAUGGUGGUUCCCAGAAGGCCUUCCACAGCCAGCUGCUCAGGCCUGCGGACUAUGGCUAUGAGAAGGAGAUGAAAAGCGAGCCCAUGGGUUCUGUAGGCCCGAAGCGGAAGCGGGUCAAGUUCACCUCCUACACCACCAUCCUGCCCGAGGACGGUGGCCCCUACACCAACUCCGUGCUGUUCGACAGUGAUGACAGCAUCAAGUGGGUCUGCCCAGACAUGGGGCUGGGGGACACGCAGGACCUCAGGGACUACAUGGAGAGGCUGCAGGACCGGAUGUGAGCUCCUUUUUUACGUUUGUAUUCACCUUUAUGCCUUCUGUUUCCGGGAUGGUGGAGCAGUGACUCCCAUCAGCAAUAGAGAGACUUAACCAAGCUUGCUCAGCAAAUGUCUGCUGGGGUCUGUCCACCUGGGCGGGCCUCAGAGCCAGAGAGCGGCGGCCGCUGGGUUCUACCUGGGAAAUCUACUCCAACAGCUGCACCUCGGCCUGGAAGAUUCCAGGACCAGGGUCUGUCUCCUGCCUGGUCCGCCUCGGUGCGAGUCUGACAAACUCGACUCCAUGGUAUUUGUUUCAUGGUCCACAGCCGAGCGGGGGGUAGUGAGGAAGGGUUCGGGGGUGACUUUCCUAUACUUAGACCUUUUAAAGCACAGUGGACACUCAGAAGCCUCGGCCUGAGUUAGUCAUAGGCGAGAGAUGAUGAAUGUAGUGUCCUUGUCUGUCAGGAGCGCUGCUCGUCAUUUUUAUACACAUCUGCACCCGCACACAUCCCUUGUCUUCUGGAACUUUUUGUGAAAUGUCCGAGAGACCCUUCCAUCUCUCCUGUGCCGUCUGUCUGGUUUACGUUCGUGUUUUACCCCUGGGGCUCUCUGCCCUGUCACUUCCUGGUGGACAUCAGGUUUGUCCAGCUUUCCAUACUGUGAAACAGUAGCAUCUGAGUAGUUUACUCUCAUUCUGGGUUUUUCUUUUUCUUUUCUCCUUUCUGAUGUUCAGCUUUCCUGAAUAAGACUGUGAUGAGUUUUGCUCAAAAUGUUACUGUCCAGCCAAGGAGGGCCAUUUCUUUACAGUUUUAUACACAAAGCUUAAAAUAUUCAGAGAAAAGUUGUGAGUCAUAGACAUUUGUCCUUGUCAUCUGCCUGUUGAGAAUUCUGGGGAGCUCCUGGGGUGUGUUUCUGAGGAUGGAGAGACCCCACCAUAGUUGUAUGUACAGCUGUAUUCUUGGUGGCUGACACAAUGUAUUAUCCAGGCUGGCAUCUAAAAGUGAGAUUGAUCCUACAUAGGAGGAAAAAUGCCUGGGAAAUAGCUUCAGGCUGAACUUCCCAUUUUACCAGAACAAUAACAACAAACAAUGUUUUCAUGGUGUUUAAAGUUAGCAAUGUGUAGAAAUCCAUCUGUAUGAUGACCAUGAAAAACAAGUCCCAAUCGUGACCCUGAUAGCAUUAAAACUUUUGAAGGUGUGCUUUGGUGGAGGCGAACAGUAGUUUCCCCCCAAAUUCAUGAAAAUAAGUGACUGCUCACAGCCUAAGAAGCUGCCCUUAUGAGCAAAUUACAGCUGUGACAAAGUCAAGGUGGGCAGAGAAUAAAAAAUUCCUGCAUAAUCUUAAAAUAAAAACUAUAUUGAAAAACAUUGUGCAUGGCCUCAGGCAGAGCAAGAUUUUCAAACAAGCAAAAUGUGAGUUUUUAUUUGCUGAGAUGGCUGGGUGGGAAGGCAAACUGGCUCGCCCCAGCAGGAGUCAACCGAGCCUUUUGCAUGUGUGAAAGUGGAAUUCUAAAGGUCUAAAGUGAAAAGGACAUUCAGGUCACCUGCAUCAUUUCCUGGCGCCAAAAAGUGGGUGGCCAAGCUUUUCAGAAGACAGCUGGUCUGGUUCAGUUGUUCUCUUUAGAUUCCCAUGGGUGGGAACAUGACAGUCAAGCUCUUUGAGCUAUGAUGUGGCAGACAGAAAGUCCAUCAUGUAUCUUGCAUGCAGUGUGUUUGCAGACAGGGCUGGGCUGCAGGGGACCUUGGCUUGAGCUCUGGAGGAGGCUGGUGUUCUGUGGGUUCUGUAAGUGCUUAAAGUGUGGCCAAAGCUGGUGGGGUUCUGACAACUUUAGUUUGACUGAAGAGUGGAGCCAGUGUAUCCAGGCAGUGUGGCCCAGGAGUUUGCAAACAGACGUCUGGCACCCCUUAGGAAGAGUCCCCAGUUAGCAAGCAGCUUUCAAAGAGAUUGCAGGGGAGGUGACCCCAAUACUGGCUCAAGAAAAGCUCAGGCACGACUUGACCCAAGAGUCCAGCUCCUCUUAUGGGGCAUUUUCAUGUGGUCUCCCCUUAGGCCUUCAGCAUUAAGGAGUUCGUGGCAGGGGCUCAUUCCCCAAAGUGAGGUGCCUCACCUGAAGGGGCUCUCACAAUCACACCUGGCUGCAUCCCACGGGCCCGGGAGACUGUGGGACAUAGGCGGUGUAGUUUAGAAGGAAAUGGCUGUCUCGAUGUGGGGUAACGUUAAGGAAUAGGUACAUUGGAGCAUUUCCCAUGAGGGGUAGUGUCUGAUGGGGGUAGAGUCAGGGAGCAAAAGGUGGGGGGGGGGGUCCUCCUGGAGCUGGCCAGGGUCCUGAAGGGGCCCUCAUAUCAGCCUCUGUUUGUGUUAGAACAGAGUGAGUUCAAAAGAAAAGUCAAAUGGAAGAUUGGGAGGGAGGCUCUCAUCAUGCAAAUUCACAUGUACACAGAUGCUCACACACGUGUGUACAUAGGAGUCCUGAGGAGUCGGAGAUAUUGAUGGGAAUCCCGCGUGGCCACUCUUGUCCUCAGUUUGGCAUGGAUGUUAUUCAGCCAGGGUAAGACAGUUUCACAGAGGCAUUUUGUCCUGUAAGUAUUGCCUGAGAUCAUAAACCAUGGCUUGGGCUUGUAUCACCUUGUUUUCUAGCUAGUCAGUUCCAAGUAUUAAUUACUAUACUCAAAGAUAUCUAAACUAAAAUAGAAGAAUAUGAGACACUAAGCCUAGAAGCCCCACUUCCCAUAGGGUGUGCAGUUGGUCUGAAUUCUCUAGGUUUUUGUGGUGGAGGUUUCCAGAUUAUGGGUCUCGGUAAAUAACUGGAACCAAACAGGGGCUGAGUCCCUUCCUUUCCCACAAGAACAGCACGCAUAGAGGAAGGAAAAAGGAAGCCUAUCCAAGGAGGGCGCCAGCCGGGGAACACUGUGGUCACACGGAGCAAGGUCAAGGUACAAAAUCCUGAUGGUGAGACCUGGAGCAGUUGGAGGUGUGCGGUCACAGUCCCCAGAGAUCCAGGAACAGCCACUGCACUCCACAACUCGAGUUUCAACAGAAGGGGUGUAGUGUCUGAGAGCAUGAGAAAAAGACAAUAGUUUUCUUUGCAAGAUCAGCAACUAUCACAAUGCGGAAUACUCUGUAUGUCCCGACAAAGAGAGGUCAGCUUCCUAAGUGCUUCCGUUGCACAGUGGCCAGGGUGAUAAAGUCGCAGAUGCCAAUAAUCCUUGAUGUCCGAGCAGGGAAUUUCUGUUUGUAAACGUGAAGAGAAUGAACACACGGGUUGAUUUUUGUCCAUGACCAUUAUCUGUAGAGUCAUUGGGACCUCGUUAAUUUUACGUUUUAGGAAAGCCCAUCUUUGUACAUUUGGUCAAUGGUCUUAUUUCCUUUUGCUAGGAAAGGGGUCUCUCCGAUGUUGGAGUGUUAAAAACACAGUAAACAUUGUGUUGCUCACUGAAGAACUACUUACAGUCGGUGGCAAGGAUCACAGACGGUAGCUUCAUCUGAAAUGUACGUGUCACGGGCACCAUGGGGGAUUCUGCUCUGAUCCCCUGAAAAGUGGUCUCAAGUCUCUGUCCUCUUCUCUGUAAAUGACACCACAGAUGUUCUAUAAACUCAGUACCCUUUCCUCCAAUAAACAAACAUGGUACAUGUGUAAUGUAAUUCUGAUCACCUAUUUUGUAAAUGGACAGAGUGGGUGAUGGGAAAGUUAACGCUGAAAUAUGGAUAGCAGCUAUUUUUGUAUGUAAUAUAGGAGUCUACUGAAGCUCUGAGAGUUGUGUUGGAAUACAUACCCUUUAACAUAAAAGCAUGCAAAACUGUAGCUUUUAAAUGUAUAGACAACCGGCUCAAAAAAUAUCUAAACUGAUGGCAGGAAAAACAUUGAAACCUGGCAUCCUGAAACUGGGAAUUCUAUCCUGGAAGGUCCAUGGCUCCUGUUGGGAUUGUUGGUGGAAUUUUCCAGAACACUUUGAUCUUACUCUUCACUACUUUUGGAUUUUUCUUUUCAUUCCCCCUGGAAAUCUUUCAGAAAUAAAGUGACUUCAUUUUCCAGUAUAAACGUAUAUUCUAACCACAGGGUAAUCAUCAUUUUUAACAUGAAAAUAAACAUUUAAAUAUCCUCCA